CGUUAAAAAUGUUAGUUGAUACCAUUUAGCGAGUAAAUAUGAUACAAGACUAUGAGUUGAACUGUUACAUCCAUGCAAGCCAAACUAUUUGUAACUAAACACUUGAGUUCUUGAAACAUUCAGUCUUCAAGGUGAAAAUUUUCAUAAUAUCCUGCUUUGUUAUAAAUAAUGUUGAGUUCUGGCCAAUCUACAUGGCCUCGUAUUCUUGUCUUGUUGAUUCUGUACAAGUUGACAAUUUCAGCAAGUAAAUCAGUCUCUUACACCAAACACUGUGCUUCUGUUGUCCCUGAGGCAACUCCAACAACUUAUGAUACAAAUGUCACCUUUUCUGAACUGGAUACCUUAAAUUCUUUUGUGCCAGAGGGUCGAAGAAUCUUCCGCGAGAAUUCUUCUGUAACUUCUCUCAAUUUUCGCUCAGUAGGACGUAUCUAUGAAACAGAUCUUAAAGGUGUUUACAAGAUUGAUGCUGAGUUGAGAAUACGGGUUUAUAAUUAUAUUGAUGAUACUUAUGAUUUUGUGAGCAUCUCGACGUCCUAGGAGGUUUGAACGGUUGAUACAUGGAUUCUGGUCAGAGUCUUCUGGGAAAGGCUGCUUAGUGGGAUCUGCUCCUUGGUACUCAAGUAAAGUAUAUUCUGUUCCGGAAGUAACUUGGUAUGAGUAUAAGUUAAUAUCUGAGGAAACUGUGAAAGAAUACUAUGUUUUUCAUAAUGCUGAAUAUUCAGUUCCUGGUUCAAAACUUGGAAAGAUAUGUUCGUUUUUCAACAAAAUGCAUCUCUCUGAUUUUUCUCUGGAGUAUGCGCGCAGUUGCAACAGUUCUUUAAGGAAUUGUUCUCUGCUUGACGGAGUAGAUAAAUAUUCGCCUGGUUAUGUUUCCUUGUAUAUCAUUCAAUGCAAUGAAUACAGAAAGAUGAUGCGGCUAUGAUGAGAGGUAUGAUAUGUUGGAUCCCAACACAACAUUAGUUGGGGAAGGAUUGUGGGAUGAGAAAACGAAUUCUCUAGUCAUUGUUGCUUGCAGGAUUUCAAGUUCCAGUUCUUCCGGAGAUGCUCAUCUUGGGGAUUGUUCAUUUCGGUUAAGCCUGUAUUACCCUUCAGUAUGGUCAAUUAAAAACAGGGACAAAGUUGUGGGACGGAUUUGGACAAAUAAGACUGCACAAGAUGUAGGGUACUUCGACCCGAUCAAUUUCAGGAAUUCUGUUGGAUUCAUAAAAGUGCCUGGUUUUAAGUAUGAAUACACUGAAAUUGAGAAGGUAUAUAAGCUAUGCCCAAAGAAGGCUCUUACAAGGGGAGAGAGAUACCCAAGUGGAGAGUUCUAUGAUAUGAGGUUUGACAUGUCUUUGCAAGACUCAGAGUAUAUUGGUGGGGCUUCUGCAAAACCGAUCUUCAUAGGCAAUAAAUCGUAUCUGGAUUAUUCUGUUUUCAGAACAAACUCAAGACAGGGAGGUAAUGGAGAGAAUGUAAAAUCCGAAGUGGAGUUUGAGAAUGUUGUUUCGGAUAAUGUUCAAUUGAAUGUUAGUUACAAAUUGGGGAUUUCAUUAAUGAGUGGUGUUAAAUCGGGAUCUGGCCGUCAUUCUAUACUGCAUACAUCCUUCAGACCACACGGUUAUAUAAUUAUAUCUGCUGAAGGAGUUUAUGAUUCUGGGACAGGAUCCCUUUGUAUGACAGGCUGUAGAAAUCUGGCCUUUCGCAAUUUUCAGGACUGUGAUAUAGUCCUGCAUUUCCACUUCCCCGGAUCAACCAGGGCUAAAGGUGGUUUUAUGAAGGGUAGCAUACAAAGCACAAGGAAUCAAAGUGACCCGCUUUUCUUUGAGCAGUUGAACAUGACAUCAUCCGCCUCCACCAGUUCUGAGGAACGGCAAUCCUUAUGGAGGAUUGAUUUAGAGAUCACAAUGGUUUUGAUCUCGAACAUGAAUGCAUGUAUACUAGUAUCAGUUGCUACAAUGGUAGCCUUCAUCAUGCAAUUCCGUCUCCUUCAAUUAGCCUGGACUGCACGACAUGCUGGCCAGAGUACUGAUCCGGACAUAUCAGUUGCUGAGAUAAAGACUUUACUAAUUUUGUUGCCAAUAUACAUUGUUGGUGGGAUGGAUGCAUAUCUUUUGAAAUGGGAGAAGUAUAACUAUAGCAAGUCAUCGCGUGCACUUAACUAUUCACGAGUUCAGUACCAGCAAUAUACUCUCUGGGGAUAUUUGAGAUCAUAUGCUACCCUGAUACUCGAUGGCUUUCUCUUUCCCCAAGUCAUUCUCAAUCUAUUCCAGAUGUCAAGGCAAAGUGCUCUGUCUAUGCCGUUUAUCCUAGGAACGACAUUGGUUCAUUCAGUUCCUCAUGCCAACCACCUUUAUGUCAACAACUAUGUGUACGCAAAUCCUAGUGCAGAUUUUUAUUCUGCCGCUUGGGAUACCAUCAUUCCACUGGCAAGUUUUUUGCUCGUUGCGGUCAUAUAUUUGCAGCAAAGGUAUGGUGGCCUUGUUAUUCUUCCUACGAAAUUCAGGGACUUGGAAUUAUAUGCAAUAGUGCCUGAAGCUUAAUGGCAAUGUUGCUUCUCUGGUUUAGUAAUUUCUGUAAUGUAUUGUUGCCGUCUGCGGGCUUCUGUAUAUUUAACAAGAACUUCUUGUCCUCUCUGAAUAUUGUUUACUUCUUAAAAUUGGAAUUAUGAUUGCUUUUCUGUUU